UGUCCUCGUGGGAGUGGUUGUCUGACUGGGAGUGACCCUCCGAGUGGGAGUGGCCCUUCGAGUGGGAGUAGCUCUCCUCAUGGGAGUGGGAGUGGGAAUGUGAUUGUGAAUGAAAGUGGGAUUCCGAGUGGGAAUGGGAUUCUGAAUGGGAUUGUGCAUGGGAACGUGAUUGGGAGAGGCAAUGGGAUUCCGACUGGGACUGCUCGUGGUUGUGUUCUGGAGAGAUGUCAGCACCACCGCCCAACUAUGUCUGGGGAUUGUAUUGACCGACCUGUACUGUACUCCGCCUCCCUCGUCUGCAUCACCGGUACCGGCAACCUCACCAGCUCUAGCUCCUCUUCCUUCUCCAUCUCCGGCACCUCCCUGGGCACCUCCACGCUCUCCACGCUCUCCACCUGCUCAUCGCUACUAUACUCUACCGGCUCAAUCUCAUCCCCGGUCGAGGGCGCAUCACCAUCGGAGUCGUCCGAGUCGUCAUCCGCACUCUCUUCAGACUCCUCACACCUGUCGGCGUCGAUAGUGUGCUUCACCCAUCGCCGCAGAUUGUCGAUCGAGAGGUAAUACGCCCGGUCGGGGUGUAUGUCCAGGUCGUCGAAAGCGUCGCCGAACAUCUCCUUAACGGUGAGCUUGAUCGCCUGCAGCGGGCG